CAUCGCCAAGCAACACUCUCAGUUGUUCCGCAGAAGCCGUCUCGGUUUCAUCCGAGAGCACACAAAAAUAUAUCAAAAAAUAAUAUCAAUAUAUUUAUUUGUUUAAUUAAAAAAUAGAGCAAAAGUUUUAGUGAUUAAAACGUAAAUUUAUACAAUUAAAAAAUGAGGAGAUGGCGGUGGAGUUUGGUGGUGUCAUUUUUUUUAAUCAUUAUCCCGAGGAUCAAUGCUGAAAUUCUUACACCACCGUAUUUUAAUUUAGCCGAAGGAAAAGAAAUAAUUGCAUCUGCAACUUGUGGUGUUGAUACACCUGGACCAGAACUAUAUUGCAGAUUAGUCGGUUCAAAUUCCGAUCGAGAUGAGGAUAUUAUUCAAGGACAGGUAUGUGAUCUUUGUGAUCCAACAUCACCGGAUAAAAAUCAUCCACCCGAGCAUGCUGUUGAUGGAAUGGAAACUUGGUGGCAAUCACCACCACUAUCACGUGGAAUGAAAUAUAAUGAAGUUAAUCUUACCAUCAAUCUUGGACAGGAAUUUCAUGUAGCCUAUGUUUACAUAAAAAUGGGAAAUUCACCAAGACCUGGACUUUGGAUUCUGGAAAAAUCAAAAGAUUAUGGUAAAACAUGGCAACCAUGGCAAUAUUUUUCCGACUCAGAGAGUGAUUGUUUAACGUAUUUUGGUGUUGAUGCACGAACACCAAUAACACGUGAUGACAGUGUAAUUUGUACAACUGAAUAUUCAAAAAUAGUACCACUUGAAGAUGGAGAAAUUCCAAUAUCAAUAUUAAACAAUAGACCAUCAGCAUCACAUUAUUUUAAUUCAACAGUACUACAAGAAUGGACACGUUCAACAAAUGUUCGUUUUAGAUUUUUAAGAACUAAAAAUUUAUUGGGUCACUUGAUGUCUGUUGCAAGACAAGAUCCAUCAGUCACAAGACGUUAUUUUUAUUCAAUCAAAGACAUUAGCAUUGGUGGUCGUUGCAUGUGUAAUGGUCAUGCUGAUACUUGUGAUAUUCGUGAUCCAAAAGAACCAAAAAAACUUGAAUGUAUUUGUCAACAUAACACUUAUGGACCACAGUGUGCAUCUUGUCUUCCAGGAUAUCAACAAAAAAAAUGGCAAAUAUCAACAGCAUCCAAAAAAUUUACCUGCGAACCUUGCAAUUGUUUUGGACAUUCAAAAAAAUGUAUAUAUGAUGCUAAAACAGAUGAAAUGCAUUUAUCCCUUGAUAUCCAUGGAAAAUAUGAGGGUGGUGGUAUUUGUCAAAGUUGUCAAGACAAUACCGAGGGAAUUAAUUGUAACAAAUGCAUACCAAAAUAUUAUCGACCACGUGGAAAACCACUAAAUGCAACUGAUGUUUGUCAACCUUGUGAUUGUAAUCGUUUUUAUUCAACUGGUAAUUGUGCUGAAGCUACUGGAAAAUGUGAAUGUCGUAAAGAAUUUACAUCACCAGAUUGUGAUUCAUGUGCUUAUGGAUAUUUUGGAUAUCCAAAUUGUCGACCAUGUGAAUGUCAUCUUGGUGGUACUGAUGGUUAUCAUUGUGAAGCAAUCAAUGGUUUUUGUCCUUGUAAAAGUAAUUUUGCUGGAAAUUAUUGUCAUCUUUGUGUUGAAGGAUAUUAUAAUUUCCCUGAAUGUUUACCUUGUAAAUGUAAUUCUGUUGGUUCACGUAAUGACAUAUGUGAUGUUACAUCUGGCAAUUGUACUUGUAAAAAUAAUUACAUGGGAAGAACUUGUGAUAUUUGUGAAAAUGGAUAUUACAAUUAUCCAACUUGUACCUAUUGUAAUUGUGAUGCUAGAGGUACAGAACCAGGUGUUUGUAAUAAAACAAAUGGUAUUUGUAUGUGUAAAGAAGGAUAUGGAGGUGCAAGAUGUGAUCAAUGUAUAAAUGGUUAUUAUGGAUAUCCAAAUUGUCGUCCAUGUGAUUGUAGUACAGUUGGUUCAUCAUCAGUCAGUUGUGAUUCAACUGGAAAAUGUUCUUGUCUUGGUAAUUUUGCUGGUAAAACUUGUGAUCAAUGUAGUCCUGGUUAUUUUAUGUAUCCAGAUUGUAUUGAUUGUAAUUGUGAUAGUCAUGGUUCAAUUGGUGUAUCAUGUAAUAAUGAUGGAAAAUGUCAAUGUCAAGAUAAUUUUGAUGGUCCACAGUGUGAUCAAUGUAAAGAAGGUUUUUAUAAUUUUCCAAGAUGUGAAGGUUGUAAUUGUGAUCCAGCUGGUGUUGUUAAAUCAUUUACUGGUUGUGGAUCAUUACCAGCUGGUGAAUUAUGUCAAUGUAAAGAACGUGUUGAAGGAAGAAUUUGUAAUCAGUGUAAAUCAUUAUUUUGGAAUUUACAACCAUCAAAUCAAGAUGGAUGUGAAGAUUGUAGUUGUCAUAUACCUGGUGUUAUUGGUAGUAUUGGUGAAUGUGAUUCAAAAACUGGACAAUGUAUGUGUAAACCAUCAACAACAGGUCGUGGCUGUAAUGAAUGUGUUCAUGGAACAUAUAAUCUUGAAGAAUCAAAUUUAUUUGGUUGUUCAGUAUGUGCUUGUGAUAUUGGUGGUUCAAUAAGUUCAAUUUGUGAUAAAGACAGUGGACAGUGUCGUUGUCAAGCUCGUAUUACUGGACAAACAUGUACUGAACCAUUAAAAGCACAUUAUUUUGCAACACUUCAUCAAUUUCAAUAUGAAGUAGAAGACGGUAGAACUCCAUAUGGUAAUCCAGUACGUUAUGGUUUUGAUGAUAAAAGUUUUCCUGGCUAUAGUUGGAAAGGUUAUGCUGUAUUUUCUACAUUACAAAAUGAAAUUGUCAUGAGAGUUUAUAUGCAAAAAUCAUCAUUAUAUAGAAUGGUAUUGAAAUUUGUAAAUAAUAAUGGUGAAGCAGUUUUGGGACAAAUUAAAAUAUCACCAGAUAGUCCAUCAGAAGCUGAACAAGUAUUUAAAGUACAAUUUAAAUCAACAAGUGAACCUGAUUUUGUAACAGUUGCUGGUGUACAUGGUACACAUCCAGCAGCAAUUGUCAUGAAUCCUGGCUGGUGGUCAAUAAGUAUUGAAACUGGUAAAAAUUUAUUUAUCGAUUAUUUUGUAUUACUUCCUGCUGAAUAUUAUGAAGCAGCUAUUUUAACACAAGACGUUGAUGUACCAUGUCAAGUUGGUCAAAAAAGUCUAUGUCGACAUUAUAGUUAUCCUAGUUUAACUGAAUUUGAUUCAGUUCGUGGAGCUGGUGGAUUUUUAGAUGACAACAAUGAAAGAUAUCCAUUGACUGAAUAUUUUACUGAACAAGAUGUUCUCAAUGAAAUUGAACAAAUUGAAAUUCCAUUGAUAAAUGAACAACAACAAAAAAUACAUUUUGAAUUACGUGUUGUUAAACCAGGCUUGUAUGUAUUAUUAAUAACUUAUGUUACACCAAAAAAUAAUAGUACAACAUCAACAUUGACAAUACAAAUAAAUCCAAAUGAAAAUGAAAAAGCAACUGUUUAUCCUUGUAAAUAUACAAGUGCUUGUCGUCAAGUUGUUACUGAUAAAUUUGGCAAAAUUGGUGUUUAUAAUUUUUCAACAAAUUACAUAAAUAUAUUAUUGACUGGUGAGCCAAAUACAAAUGUUGCUAUUGAAUCAAUAGUUGCAGUACCACAUGAAAAAUGGUCAUUAGAUUAUGUCAAGCCAAAAUCAGUUUGUGUUAGAAAAAAUGAAAAAUGUGUACAAGGUGUAUUUCCAAGUGCUGCUGAUGCUAAAAAAAUUGAAUUUGAAUCAAUGGUUGAAGUUAUCGAUGAUAUCAAUCGUCCAAAAGGUAUUUAUGAUAAUUCAACAAAACUCAUUUAUUUAAAUAAAAAUAAUGAUAAUCCAUCAAUUGAUAUUCAAACAAAAGUACCACAUCCUGGUGAUUAUAUAUUUGUCGUACAAUAUUAUCAACCAAAUAAUCCACAAUUUGAUAUUGAUGUAACAAUACAAAAUGGUAAAUUUUAUGAAGCUAAAAUUGCUGUUCCUCAUUGUCCAAGUAACAGUGGAUGUAGAAGUAUUAUUAUUCGUCAAUCAGAUGGUAGUACAAAAUUCCAAUUAAAUGAUAAUGUUAUACUGACAUUUAAAAAUCCACAAAAUCCCAUAUGGCUAGAUUAUGUACUAAUGAUUCCAGCUGAAAAUUUUGAUAAUAAAAUAUUGAAAAAAAUACAAUUUGAUCAAACAGAAGUAUUUAUAAAACGUUGUGGUAAUAAUCAUUUUUAUAUAAACACAACAGAUACUGGUUUUUGUAGAGAUUCUGUAUUUUCAUUGACUGCUGAUUAUAAUAGUGGUGCAUUACCAUGUCAGUGUUCAGCUGAGGGAACAACAAGUUUUGAAUGUGAAAAAUUCGGUGGACAAUGUCAUUGUAAACCAAAUAUCAUUGGUCGUCGUUGUGAAAUAUGUAAAACUGGAUUCUACGGUUAUCCAAAUUGUCGUCCAUGUAAUUGUCCAAGUACAGCUAUUUGUGAGCCAGAAAGAGGUGAAUGUAUUUGUCCAUCAAGAGUCACUGGAUCACGUUGUGAUCAUUGUGAAGAUGGUACAUAUGGAUUUCAUCCAAUAAUUGGUUGUGAAGAGUGCAACUGUUCACCACAUGGUGUACUCAAUGGUGAUUUACAAUGUGAUCUUAUGAAUGGUACAUGUAAAUGUAAAGAUAAUAUUGUUGGACGUCAGUGUGAUAAAUGUUUAGCUGGUUAUUCACAAUUUCCAUACUGUGAAAAAUGUGAUUGUGAUGUUAAAGGAACAACUGAUGAUAUAUGUGAUCAAUCAACAGCUGAAUGUAAUUGUAAAGAAAAUGUACAAGGUCAAGCUUGUGAUCUUUGUCGAGAAGGGACAUUUAAUCUUCAAGAAAAUAAUGAAGUUGGUUGUUCAAAAUGUUUUUGUUUUGGUAAAACAACACGUUGUAUAUCAGCAAAUUUAUACAGAACAUAUAUAUUAAAUAUGAUUGAUUGGGAUUUUGUAUUGAUCAAUGAAAAAACUGGAGCUGUUACAUUAUUAUUAUCAACAAUACCACAAGAAUUUAAUGAUACAACAAUUGUUGUUAGUUUAACUGGUAAUGAAACAAUAAAUAAAAUUGUUUAUUUUUCAGCACCUGGUAAUUAUUUAGAAAAAAAAUUAACUUCAUAUGGUGGUUUAUUAAAUUAUACUGUUCAUUAUAGUACAGGACCAUUUGGUAAAGCCAUUGCUGGUCCUGAUGUUAUUAUUGUUGGAGGUGAUACAAUGUUAUUGCAUUAUGGUGAAGAACAACCACCGUCAUUUACAAAUUUUGUAACAUCAGUUGAACUUGUUGAGUCAAAUUUUAUAACAACAACAAAUCUUCCAGUGACACGUGAACAAUUAUUAAUUGCACUUGAAGAUUUACGUGGUAUUUAUAUACGUGCAACAUACUGGGAGCCAAGUAUAACAGCAUCAAUAUCAGAUGUCAGUCUUGACACGACAACUGAAUCAUAUGAUACUGGCAAUGUAUUAGUAACAAGUGUUGAAAAAUGUCAAUGUCCACCAAAUUAUCAGGGUCUUUCGUGUGAAGAAUGUGCACCAGGUUAUUAUCGUGUUGAAGGAUCAUACGGUGGUUCUUGUGUUCGUUGUCAAUGCAAUGGUCAUGCUGAUAGUUGUGAUGUUAAAACAGGCAUAUGUUAUGAUUGUAAAAAUGGAACAACUGGUGAUCAUUGUGAGUUAUGUGAACAAGGCUAUUAUGGAAAUGCAACAAAUGGUACACCAUCUGAUUGUUUAAUAUGUGCUUGUCCAUUACCAAUUUUAUCAAAUAAUUUUGCAACUGGAUGUGAAGUUAAUGAAGCUGGUAAUAAAAUAAGUUGUGAUUGUUUACCUGGUUAUUAUGGUGCACGUUGUGAAUCAUGUGCUGCUGGUUAUUAUGGUAAUCCAAAUAUAGAAGGAGAAUUUUGUAAACCAUGUGAAUGUUCAGGAAAUAUUGAUACAAAUGACAUUGGUUCAUGUGACUCGUAUACUGGCGAGUGUCGUCAUUGUUUAAAUAAUACAUAUGGACAAGCAUGUAAUCUUUGUGCUCCUGGUUAUUAUGGUGAUGCUGUUGAAAGAAAAGAUUGUAAAAGUUGUAGCUGUAAUUCUUGUGGAAUGAACAAGUGUGAUAGUUAUGAUGGUAUUUGUGUUUGUAAGGAAAAUGUUGUUGGUGAAACAUGUGAUAGAUGUGCUAUUGAUCAUUAUGGUUUUGAUUCAUGCAAUGGUUGUAAAGCUUGUGAAUGUAGUGAAGCAUCAGAUUCAAGUCAGUGUGAUGAACAAACUGGACAGUGUCAAUGUAAACCUGGUGUUACUGGUAAAAAAUGUGACAGAUGUAUUGCUGGCUAUUGGAAUUUUAGUGAAGAAGGAUGUAUUUCUUGUGGUUGUCAUACAGAAUAUUCAAUUGGUGCUUCUUGUAAUGCAACAACUGGACAAUGUUCAUGUUUAGAUGGUGUUAUUGGUGAAAAAUGUGAUCAUUGUCCAAAUCGAUGGGUAUUUAGAGAAAAUAUUGGAUGCUCCGAGUGUAAUUCUUGUAUUGAUAAUCUUUUAGAUGUAACUGAUGAACUUGAAAUGGAUUUAAAACAAGUUACCAAUGAAUUUGAUAGUGUUGCUGAAAGUUACUUUACAAAUCAAAGAUUAAAAUUUUUCAAUGAUACAGUUAAUGAAUUUUAUCCUGAAGUAAAAUUAUUAGAUCCAAGUAAAAUUAAUGAUUUAAUACCAAUUAAAAAUAAAAUUUCACAACUUGAAUAUGAAACGACAAAUCAAAAAAGAAGUGUUGAAUAUUUAAAAGACGACAGUAUAAAGUCUAAAAAUGAAUCUGAAAAAACACGUGAAAAUAUGAAAAAUUUAGAAAAUGAUGUUACACAAGAAAUUGAAAUUGUUAAUAAUAUUAUCAAUGAGGUAAAGCUAUUAGCUAAAAAUAUUGAAUCUGGUGAUGGAACUAAAAUUGAUACUGCACUUAAAGAAGCACAAAAAAUUCUAAAACAAUUAAAAGAUGUAUCAUUUAUUGAUGUUCGUGAUCAAGCAACUGAUCAAUCAUCUCAAGCAAAUAUUAUUAUCAAUGAAAUGAUGGAUUACAAUGUUCCAGUUAAUAAUUUAAGUUCUUCAACAUCAACAUUAAAUGAUAAAAUAAAAAGUUUUACAAAUAAAAUUAAUGAUUUAUUUGUUAUUGUUGAUAAUGCCGAAAAACUUGCAAAAGAUGCUGAAAUUCUUAAUAAAGAAAAUAAAAAAGGAGCUGAAAUUGGUAAUUUUAAUUCAGCUAAAAAUUUAACAAUUGACAGUGAAGAUGAUAUAACACAAGGACAAAAAUUAAAUGAAAAUGCAACAAGGCUAUUGGAAGAUGCUGUUAUAAAUUUAGAAUUAUUAGAAGAUAUAUCAGUUAAACAAACAGAUUCAUACAAUACACUCAACAAUACUCUAGCUAUUAAUGAUGAUGAUCUUAUAAAUGUUUAUGACACUGUAAAAAAAGCAAAUCAACAUACUGAUGAUUUGUAUAAAGAAUCAAUUAAACUUGACAAUGAUUUAUCUGGUACAAGAAAUACAAGUGCAGUUAAAGCUGUGUCUGCCUACAGUGAUAUUGAGAAAGCUAUUCAAGAAGCUAGACAAGCUGCAGUUGAAGCUGCUGAAGCUGCUAGCAAUGCAACAAUGUUAUUUGAUGGAAUUGAAAAAAAAACAAAUGAUGCAGUUGAACAAUCAAUUAUUCUUGAUGAAUAUGCUAAAGAUGCAUUUAAAAAAAGUGAAGGAGAACUUGAAAAAAGCUUUAAUCAAGCUCAAAAAAAUACAAAUCAACUUGAAGCAGAUAAUAAAAAAAAUGAAGAAGGUUUUAAAAGAAUUGAUUCAACAUUAAAAAAUUUACAGCCAACACCUGGUUUAUCAAUUGCAAAUGCAAAUAAUCAAGCUAAAGAAUUUGAAAAUUUAAUUGAACAAGCAAUUACCGGCAUGAAUGAAACUCUAAAUAAAAUUCCAGAAAAAUCAAAAGAAACAAAUAACAUAUUAAAAGAUACAUCUGACUCGAGUCGUGAUAUUUCACAGGCUAAAAAACAAUUAGAUUCUCUAAAUAAAGUUGUACCAAAUAUUUCAGAGUUAUUAAAAAAGCUAGAUGACAAACAAAAAAAUAUUGAUAGUGUUGGUAAUGAUUUAAAAAAUAAAAUUGAAUCAUUAAAAACAAAAAUAGCUAAUGCAAGAGAAUUAGCUGAUAGAUUUAUGACUGGUGUUAAUUUCUUUAGAAAUACAACUUUACAGCUGAAAAAUCCAGAAAGUUUACCUCUUCUUGCUACAUCAACAAAAUUAUCAUUUUAUUUUAAAACAAAUAAUACAAAUGGUUUUCUUCUUUAUCUUGGUAAUGAAGAUAAAGCUAAAUUUUCACAUCAAAAAACUAAUGAUUUUUUGGCUUUAGUUAUUGAAAGUGGUUAUCCAGUUUUAAUUAUUGAUCUUGGAUCAGGUCCACAUAGAAUAAUUAAUAAAAAAUUUGUAUCUGAUAAUGUUUGGCGUCAAUUGAUUGUUGAUAGAACUGGUAAAAAUGUUAAAUUAAUUAUUCGUGAAGAAGACAUUGAUCGUAAAGAUAAAAAAAUUCCAGUUAAAAAAGUACUUCCAGGUACAUUUUCAAUAUUAAAUCUUGAUCGUGAACAAUCAAAAUUAUUUGUCGGUGGUUAUCCACCAUCAUUCCAAAUUCAAAAUGACGUUAAAGUAUCAUCAUUUGAGGGACAAAUGGAAAAUCUUAUUGUUGGUGAUAUGCCAGUAUCAUUUUGGAAUUUUAUUAAAAGUGAAAAUUUAAUUCCUGCAAUUGAACGAGACAAGCUUACUGAUUUAUCACCAAGUACUGGUUAUCGUUUUGAUAGAAAUGGCUUUACAAUAUUUAGCAUGGAAAAUUUAAAAAUCAUUGAAGACACAUCAAAGUUUAGUUUAAAAAUGAAUUUCAAAACAUUUACUGAAGAUGGUUUGAUGUUUUUCAUGGGAGAAAAUAAACAUUUUAUUUCUUUAGAAAUGCGAAAUGGUAAAGUUAUGUAUCAAUUUAAUUUAGGUGAUGGUCCAAUUGUAUUAAUGUCAAAUGAUAAAUUUAAUGAUGGUAAUUGGCAUACACUUGAAGCAAGAAGAUUAGGAAAAACUGGUCGUUUAAAUGUUGAUAAUAAAAUAAUAACUGGUGAAACAAGUGGUGAUAGUACAAAUUUAUUAUCAACAGAUAAAUUUUAUAUUGGUGGUUAUCCACCUAAUUUUAAAUAUCAACCAAAAACAGUUAAAAAUAUUGGUUUUGAUGGUUGUAUUGAUGAUGUUAUGAUACUUGAUAAUCCAGUUGAUCUUGGUAGAAAUAUUCAAGCUCUUGGUGUUAUACCAGGUUGUCCAAUUAAAUUUACAAAUCUUGUUUCAUUUGAAAAUGAUUUACCAGGAUAUGUUAAAUGUGAAAAUGCAACUGCAAAUAAUUCUGUACAAGUUAAUCUAAGAUUUAAAACAUUAGCAAAUAAUGGAUUAAUAUUUUAUAUUACAAAUAAUGAUCAAACAGUAAAUUCUGCACUUUCAAUUGAAGAUGGUAUAUUGAGAUUUAAAAGCCAAGGUGAAGAAGUUACAAGUAAUAUUGUUGAUAAAAAAUUCAAUGACAAUGAGUGGCAUGUUGUUACAGCAACACAUGAAUCACAAUCACUUAGACUUGAUAUUGAUGAUAUUUAUAAUUACAUUAAUAAUCAUGCAUCAACAAAUAUUAUUAAUAUUGAACUUGGAAGUUUAUAUAUUGGUGGAUUACCAAAUGGUGGUGGUACAAAAUCAACAAAAUCAUUUGUCGGUUGUAUAAGUGAUGCAACAUUAAAUGAUGAAACAAUUAAUUUUGCAAAUACAAAAGAAAAACCAAAUGCAUUUUUGGGUAAAUGUUUAGGUGGUGAAGGAACAAUAACAUUACCAAUUGAACCAGAAACAAAACCAUGGCCACCAUCAUCAGAUAAUGACAUUGAAACAAUAACAAUGGCAUCAACACAAAGUAAUGUUAUUGAUGUUGAAGUUGAUACAUCUGAGCCAGAAGUUGUUUAUGGUGAAGGAAGAGUUACCAUUGAUACAACUAUUGAACCUGUUGUACAAAUUUCAACAACAACAACAACGACAACAACCACGACAACUACAACAACAACACCAUCUUAUGAAGAAGAACCUGAGGAAAAAUGUAAAUUACCUCAAAUGCCAGUUGAAGAUACUGACAAUGAUAAUGCAUGGCAAAUUGGUACAGCACGACACAGUAGACUUGAGUACAGAAGUCUCAGUGGAACAUACAGAGAUAGUUAUGAUUUUCAAAUAAGUAUUAAAACACUUGCUGAUACAGGAAUUAUAUUUUAUGCAUCUGAUAUAGCAAAGAAUAAUUUUAUAUCACUAUUUGUCAAAGAUGGAAGAGUUGUUUAUAAAUUUGAUUGUGGCACAGGAGCAGCAACAAUAAUAAGUGAUAAUAAAAUUAAUGAUAAUCAAUGGCAUGUUAUUGUUUUUAAAAGAAAAGAUAAAUUUGGUGAACUUAUUGUUGAUGAUGAAUUGGCUGUUUCUGAUUAUUCUCAUGGUGAUGCUACAACAUUAAAUGUCAGUCCACCUUAUUACAUUGGUGGAAUACUUCCUGAGCUAUUACCAAAUGUUUACAAGAAUAUUAAAAUAAAUCAGACAUUUGUUGGUUGCUUGGGCAAUUUUAUGAUGAAUGGACAACCAGUUGGUGAACCAAAAGAAAGAAUUGGAGUUAUUCCAUGCUCACAAAAAGUUGAACCUGGAUUAUUUUUCUAUCCUGGAAAUGGAAGUAAUUUUUACAAAGCCUUUGAUAAAUUUAUUGUUGGAAAUCGAAUUGAUAUACAACUUGAAAUUAAACCAAGAUCAACAAAUGGCCAUUUAUUAUCAGUCAAUGGUAGACAUGAUUAUGUAAUUCUUGAAAUGAUCAAUGGAGCAGUUAAAUUUUCUGUUAGAACAGCUCAAGGAAUAAUUGAAACAUCUUUCAAUCCAACAACACCACAUUCACUUUGUGAUGGCAAUUGGCACAUUAUCAGAGCAAUUAGAGAGAAAAAUGUAGUUUUACUCUCAGUUGAUCAAGCUGAAUCAGCCAGAGGAAUAUCUGCAGAUAAUGCAGCAAAGGUUAGAUCAAGACAUCCAAUGUUUAUCGGUGGACAUCCACAAUUAGCAACUCGAUUGCAAGGAAGUGAAUCACAUUCUCAGUAUAUUGGCUGCAUGAAAAAAAUUACAAUAAAUGGAAAUGAAAUUCCAUUAGAUCCAGAACGUGUUUAUGGACGUGUCACAAGUGGAGUAUGUCCUACAAUUUAAUUGUAGAAAUUUUAUAAUAAACAAAAAAAAAUCAUACAUAGAUAUUAUAUUAUCAAUAAAAAGCAAGAUGAAAAAAAAUUGAUAACAAAUCAAAAAAAUAAUAAAAAUAUUAUUUGAAAAAU